AUGACUGCUUUGGUGGGAAUCUCUUUGAUUAUUUCAAUUUGGUUAUUGCGUAUACAAGAGGAAGAUUAUGUGGUAUUCAAGCGCUUUGUUUUGAAACAGCGACAAUCGAGUUCGCGUAGGAAUUUCAUAGAUAAUCGGGGCGCAAAGUUCCACAUUAAGCAACAUGGCCAAUAUUGGAUCUUAUACAACUACCUAGUAGCAAAAAAUUUUUAUGUAGGCAAUGAAAGUGUCUCUUUGUCGCUGCAUGGUGAAUAUACCGACUUAGAAGCAUUGACCGCUUUAGUCCGAAGAUGGCACGGCCCUAUUAGCCUUACUCUGUUCGUAAAUGGCGAUGAUUUUCGUCGAGCCGAAAAUAUUAUUUUAUACAUGACAAAAUGUACGGUGUUUGGCAGUGAAAUAUUAUCGUUUGUUACUUUCAAUUUUAUGAUGCAUGAAGAUCAUAUAUGGAGCAAUAUUCCAAAGUCCGAAAAAGAUUUCAUGUCACGAACUACUGAUUGCAUGAGCUCACCAUUUAUUUUAUAUAACGAAACUUACCGUCGUCUAAAGAAACUUAUUUAUCCCUCGAAUAUGGCCAGAAAUAUUGCCCGCCAAACUGUAUCCACAUAUUAUGUUUUAUCACUUGAUAUAAACUAUUUACCGAGUGCGAAAUUUAUUGAGAACUUUCUGAAAAUGGUAUACAAUCUCGAUUUAAAUAAUCCUUUCAAUACCGUCUAUGCCUUGACAGUUUUCAAUGCGCCUAUGCCUAAGGUUGUUCUACCUGAGACUAAAGAAGAGUUAUUGGAAUAUUACGAAAAAAAUAAACUGUAUUUAAGCGACGAGUCAAGAAGAAUUCCAUAUAUUGAAACUUGGCUAAAAUCAUCGAAUGAACUAAAACCGUUCUCAAUAUUGCACAUACGGAAACAUGAACCCGCUUGGUUUCCCUGGUAUGUUAGCGCCAACGAAUAUGAACCUUUUGCUGAUGAUAGACUUCAUCACGAGUCCUUCAUUGAUCGUUCGUCUCAUAUUGAUUUGCUGGAAGUCUUGGGUUACGAUUUCGCUGUGACUGAUAACGCAUUCUUGUUGCAUCUUCCCUCACUGAAUAUGAAAUUAAAUAACAGUACCUUCUUUCAGGACGAAAGAAAUGUUACCAAUUUUACCAAUUUACGACACCAUCGAAAAUUACUAACAUUAAGAAAUUUUCUAAUGAAGUUUACGUGA